CGAGUUAUCUAGAACUUUGCAGUGGUGGAUCCGGGCAUUAAAUAUUAUUGCUGUGUUCUUCAAAUUUAUAAUCCAUUAUAUUCCCUACAUUCCACUUUAUACCUGAUCAAUCUGGUAUCAUAUCUUUCAUUCUGAUUUUAAUGCUGGUUUACUGUAUUAAAGCUUAUUAUAGUUGAUCAAUUUCAUUAUAUUCCUAAAAAGGAUCAACUACUUCAUUAUUUUAAUGCGUUAUGUUUGGGAACAUCACCUUACCUAAAGAGGGUGGCAUAUCAAUAUAAAAUACUUACUCCAUUAUUGGAAAAAAGGACAAAAGAGUGAUGGAGUAUAAGAUAAGUUGAUGAAAUACUAUCAUUGCACAAACUCAAUACUUUUGCACUCAACUGAAAGAGAUCAUCUUAGCUGCCAAGAUGUCUGACUACGACAGAAUCAGCGAACUACAAGCAUUCGAUGACACGAAAGCCGGUGUGAAGGGGCUUGUGGAAGCCGGGGUCACAAAGAUUCCUCGAAUAUUCAUCCACGAACAAUACAUCAACGAAGAGAAGACAACUUCUGACGCCAGUGUCCCGGUAGUCGACUUGGCCUGCUUGGAGAAGGACCGCAGAGGAGUCGUCGAUCAAGUCAGAUCUGCGUGCCGGGAAUGGGGGUUUUUCAAGAUUCUGAAUCACGGGAUUCCGGCAGAUUUGAUGAACAAAGUGAUGGAGGUUGUGAAAGAGUUUUUUGAGCUGGAUGGUGAGGAUAAGAAGCAGUAUUACACACGAGAUAUAAAGAGGAAAGUGGGGUUUAAUAGCAAUUUUGAUCUGUUUAGAGUGCCUUAUGCAAACUGGAGGGAUACUCUAUAUCUGGUCAUGGCUCCUAAUCCACCUCAGCCACAUGAAUUGCCUCAAGUUUGCAGAGAUACAAUGCUGGAAUACUCAAAGCAAGCAAAGGACGUCGGAAUACUUCUGUUCGAGCUGCUGUCUGAAGCUCUUGGGCUGGACCGGAAUCACCUGAUGGACAUGGAUUGUGCAGAGGCACAGUUUGUGGCGUGCAAUUAUUAUCCGGCCUGUCCCGAGCCAGACAUGACACUCGGGUUCAGCAGCCACACAGACAGCGGCUUCCUCACUCUUCUACUGCAGGACGAUAUCGGUGGACUGCAGAUUCUCCACAAGCAUCGUUGGGUUGAUGUCCCGCCUUCCCCGGGAACUCUUCUGGUCAACGUCGGUGAUCUCAUGGAGCUAAUCAGCAACGGUGCGUUUAAAAGUGUGUACCACAGGGCACUGGCGAGGAGCAUAGGUCCGCGGGUUUCAGUUGCACUUGUGUUUCGUAUGCAUGUGGAGGAGAGCAACGGCUCGAAGGUUUAUGGUCCGAUCAAGGAGCUGCUGUCCGAAGAGAAUCCACCUGUUUAUAGGGAGGCCAAAGGGGAGGAGAUUAUUGCUUGUAGAUAUGCAAAGGGCAUGGAGGCUAAUACCCCAUUGUUGUCCUACUUCAAGCUCAAUUAGCCCUUUGAUUUCACUCAAAUAAUCUCUUAUACUAUUACUAUGUUGUAAUGGC